UUGGGCUCUCUCCCAAUUACAGUACUCCGUCGCAACCCGUAUCCAGGCGGUUCACUGCCGGCAUGUCAACAUCGACGCCCGCAGUUAGAGCCAGCGACUGGUCACCGGACCAAUACCUCCUCUUCGCCGACGCGCGCAAUCGCCCCGUCAACGACCUCCUCACGUUUCUUAGGCCAGAUUACUCGCCCCGACGUAUCGUCGACCUGGGCUGCGGCCCAGGCAACAGCACCGCCCUCCUCGCAAUCCGCUUCCCCGGCGCGAGCAUCACCGGCGUCGACUCCUCCCCGGCCAUGAUCUCCAAAGCCCGCGCCACUCUCCCGGAGAUUUCGUUCGCCGAAGCUGACCUGCGCACGCACAAGCCUCCUUUCGGAACCGACCUGCUCUUCGCCAACGCCGUGUUCCAGUGGCUGCGCCGGGACGAGCGCAUCCCAACUAUUGCCCGUCUCCUGCGCACCUUACCGCAACAGCGUGAAGGCGGGAAUGAGUCGGGAGGCGUGCUGGCGUUUCAGAUGCCCGAUAACUAUCACGAGCCGUCGCAUCGCUUGAUACGGGAGACAGCGGCGUCCGAAGGGCCUUGGAGGGAGUUCUUUGAGAAGCUGUCGGGUACGGGAAGUGUUGAUAAACUGGGGCGGGACGAUAUCGAGUCGUUUGCGGAGUACUAUGAUGCGCUCAAGCCGCAUUGUCGGGCCGUCGAGACGUGGAAUACGACGUAUGUUCAUGUGCUGGAUGGACCCAGGGAGAUCGUCGAGUGGGCCAAGGGGACGGGCCUUCAGCCGUUUUUGAACGCGUUGCCAGCGGACGGAGUUGCGAGGGAGGCUUUUCUGGCCGAGUAUCAGAGGAGGUUGGAGAAGGAGUAUCCGCCGACGGGGGAUGGAAAGGUGCUGCUGAUGUACCCUAGACGGUUUGUGGUUGCGUUCCGGUAGGCCACUUGUGGUCAGGGAUCUGAAAUUAGGUAAUACCAGAGAUCAGGUUGCGCGAAUCAUACUUAUAUCUAUUUCUUUGGAUGAUAAGAGCCUUUGUCUGGCCUGACGGAAAGUAAGCAAUGUGGGAGUUAAGUUUUUGGUUAGCUCUUAGUAUACC